UAGUAAAAUAUGUUCAAAAUUUCCUUUUUUUGAAUGAUUUUGAAAAUCGUUUUGAAAUUUGAUUGCACUCUCAUCAAGAAAACCUCUAACUCGCGUAUUUAUUUUAAAUGUUCGUAUAAUCUUUGAAUCCUACCCCAAAAGUUCUGCUGGAACUUCAACGAAUUGCGCUGAUUUAGCAGAGAACCCAAAGUCUGUGCAGCAGCCUGUGUCGAGACCCAACGGCGAGGAAUGGCGGCGAAUGGGGAUCUGCUAAAUGUUGCAUAUCGGCAAUUGAUCGGAACUUUCAUGUAUUGGCCGUCAUGACACGUUCAGAUAUUGCAUACUCCGUGAGCUCUAAUCCAGUUCAAUUUGGGUUAUGGAACACACUGGAAGUGUGCAAAGUGCUUUGGUCCCUGGAAGAAAGCAGGUGGAUAUGGACCGUCACGAAGGAGUGAGCUGUGACUCUUGCUUGAAAGGAAAUUUUCACGGUCGUAGAUUCAAAUGUCUAAUUUGUUACGAUUACGAUUUGUGUUCCACAUGCUACGAAGCAGGAACGACAACAUCCAGGCACAGUGCAAACCACGCAAUGCAGUGUAUUUUGACUAAGGCCGAUUUUAGUCUAUAUUAUAGUGGUGAAACGUUGGCGAAUACAGAUCAACCACAAUCAUAUACUUGCCCCUUGUGUGGACGGAUGGGAUUCACAGAGAGCACAUUGCAAGAGCAUGUGGCAGCGGAUCAUGCAGACACAUCCUUAGAGGUUGUAUGUCCAAUCUGCGCCGUUACUCCGGGUGGUGAUCCAAAUCUAAUGACUGAUGAUUUUGCGGGCCAUUUAACGUUAGAGCAUCGGACAGGUCCCAGAGAAUUAAUCUCGUAUCUCGAUGAAUCAUUCACUGCCCGUGCCAGACGCCCUCCAGGCCGCGGUGGUCUCAGAGGUCGAUCUGCACAAAGUUCAUCUCGUCGACCUUUCAGCAGCAGCAACGCCUUGUCAUCCUUAUCACUCUCAUCGUGGGACUCGAUAGAUCCAAUUGCAGAGCUGUUAUCCCAAUUAUCCAGCGUGCGGCGUACAGCGAACAAUGCGACCACUGCCAACAACAGCACGUCCUCGCAACUUCAGCAGCUCGAAAUGCAACUGCAAUUAGAACGUCAGCAAGCUUACACAACCAUGCUUCAACGAGGUCGAGCUUCUCGUCGACAGCUCCAAAAUCAUACAACCGUAAAGAUGUCAACCAAUCCGGAAUCAUCUGAGUUGACAUUAAAGCCUUCACUGAUUUUGCCUGCACCGGCCGCUCAAUUGACUUCAUCCUCACCCUCAAGCUUUAUACUGCCAAAACUGCUCGAGGAGCACUCUUCUCAGAAUGUGUCUGAAACUGUCCGAGCAGAACGUAGCCGGUUUGUUCAGCAGAUGAUCUUAUCCACUAUACUACCCUAAUGUGGUAAAUCUCAUGUUACUUAUUUCUUGUAUUUCCAAUUCAGCAUUAUCUCAGUUAGUUAUUUUAAUAAACAUACUUUCUAAGUAUUUAUUUUUGGUA